AGUCCAGUUCAUAUCAGUUCAGAGAGAGCACAUCAGUCGCCACGUCUGUAAUCAAUUGUGUCUCGGUAUCAUGCGUGUACAUUCUAUCAAGAACAACUCUUAUAAAUUGUGUCUUACUCGCACAAAUCAAGAAUAUUAAACCACUACCCACGGCCUCCACGCUACCAACAAUACUAAGCUACUAACUGGUUUUCCAGAGCACCACCACACCAAGCUUCUUCAUCUGAUCCAGUAGUGGCAUCAUCAACAGAGGCGAAGGCACACUGAAACACUGCAAGUAUGGAUGAGAAGUUCAAACUCAAAGCUAAAAACAAGACAAGCCACUCUACUGCAGCGGAGAAGUACAGCACCAACUCGUCCAUCGAAAAUGUAUGCACAGCCACCACAGAAAGGACCAACAGCAAUGGCACGACCAAGCCUCUCAUCUCCCCAGCUAAGACAGCAAAGCUUGGCAGUGCUCAGGAUUUCGACGACAUCUUAGAGGUGGUGGGAUCAUUUGGCCGCUACCAAAAGAUGAUGAUGUUCCUCAUCUUCAUGCCGGUCUCUUUCUUCGCUGCAUUUACAUCAAAUUUGUUCCUGUUCCAAAUGGUGUUGCCCGAUUACUGGUGCCACACUCCUGGCCGCGAAAACACCUCGCUCAGCUUGGCCGAGUGGCGCCAGCUCACACGCCCAAGCAAUGGGGAGCCCUCAAGGUGCCUGAUGCAUGAAAUCAGCUGGAUGUCUUAUAACAACACAAGCACGUUCACUGUCACCAACAAAACUAAAGAAUGCAACAACGGCUGGGAGUUUGACACGACUGAAUAUUCAGCGACAGUGGGCACGAGCCUGGAGUGGGUGUGUGAACGUGACCACUACUCCCACUACACAAUGUCUGUCUCCAUGGCUGGCAACGCCUUUGGCAGUCUCAUCUUCCCGAUACUUGCUGACAAAUAUGUGGGUCGACGGUUCAUGUUCUUCGUAGCUCUCAGCCUCCAAAUCAUAUUUACAAUCCCGCUGCUGUGGGUGACGAACGCCGCAGUGCACAUAGCCCUUCGUUUCUUACAAGGUCUCUGCUUCGAAACCAACUACCUUAUGCCCUACGUAAUCUACAUGGAGGUCAUACCACCAGAGCGCCGCGCCCAUGGUGUAAUGGUGUCCUUCAUUGCAUGGACCUUCGGAAUGUGCUCCACGGCAUUCGUGGCGUGGCUCGUGCCGCACUGGAAGUACCUGGCAGUCAUCUCCAUCUUCCCAUCACUGCUCGGAUUUCUGUACUGGAGGCACCUCCCAGACUCCCCGCGCUGGCUGCUGGCCAAGGGCAAGGUCCACCAGUGUGCGGACGUCCUUCUGCAGAUAAGUGCGACCAAUAAGGCGCAGGUGUCGCGCCCCGAGGUGGAGGCCAAGCUUGAGGAGCUGAUGCGGCGGCAGCCCGUGGACCACCCACUCAGCGACGUGCUACAGUACCCGAAGCUCGCCGUUAGAACUCUGAUGCUCUUCCUCGUGUCGUUCAUGCAGUUUGUGGUGUACUCAGUCGCUAUGUUGAGCAUGACGGUACUCCCCAAUAGUUUUCUGGCUCAUUUUGUCCUCUCCAUCUUCGAGUUACCAAGCAACUUCUUUGGCUGGGCCGUAAUCCACUACAUGGGCAGACGCUUCAUGGUUUACUGCACCUUCCUCCUACUGUCCGUGUUUUGUUUGGCAGCCUACUUUUGCAUCCAAAAUGAGUGGCUCCUACUGACAAUAUUGGGUUUUGUGAAAUUCUUCUCAACGUGUGGCCUCUUCGUGGUUUUCCUAAUGACAAGCGAAGUUCUCCCUACCCCUGUUAGGACCUCCGGCACUGGAAUCACUGUGGUGUUCGGAAUGCUAGGGAUGGGUGUAGCGCCUCAUGUCCUUCACUCUGGGCUUGGCGAAGGUGGCCACUACUGGAUCCUACUGGCGAUGACAUUAGCAUCUGCUAUUUGUAUGAUUCCUUUCCCGGAGACGCUGGGGCUACAGCUGCCUCAAACUUUCCAGGACGCCGAGGAUCUGGGGCAAGGACGCCCCUUUACCACAUGGAUCCACCACUGGAACCUUCACAACUUCUUGCAACCACCGGAAUCUCAGCAUAAAACAGUUAACAAAGCUUUGCUCACUUAGUUCAACUGGAUUCCAACAUUUUUGUAUACAUGGCGCUUUGUCAAUAUUCUUAUCUACAAAAAUUUAAUAUCUCAUCAGAAAAAUAGGACUAUCAGUACUUCUCGGCCUGAGGUACUUGUACCACAUGGAGUACAAGAGCAUUUUUUUUUUUUUGAGAUACGCGACCUUAAAUAAUAGUAUAAAAAAAAAAAUAUGUAAACCAUGUAUAUUUUUUCUGUAUUAGUUAUAUUGCUGUUGGUUGGUUGGUUGCUGCAUUGGUGAACUGAGGUUAAUAUGAUGGAGGCAAAAGAUUGAUUGGUGAUUGGUAUUUUUGUGCUAAAACAUGGAAGCUAUAAAGUGCUGCACUUCCAAGGGUUAAAUUACAAACACAAUUAAAAAUACAUAGGAAUGUUUAAA